AUGCUUGGACUACGUCAGCUGAUAGUUGGGGGUUGUCGGGGUCGAACCUUUAUCAAAAUGAUGCCCACUUCAAGACCAAUAAUAAGGUUGCACCAUGAUGAGUACUCAAAACCAUUUGAUAAUUUACCAUUUACUGUCACUAACAGAUAUGUGCUUACUGCUGUGUUUUGUGUAUUAUUCGGAGUGGGUUGGUGGGCUCCUUGGAUAAUUCUAUGGUAUUCCAUGGCAAAGAGAACCAUGUGA